AUGCCUUCAACUGAAGUACUCCACCAACUUCCUGUUUAUUCCAAGUGUAUAAAGUACUACCUUGUAGAAGUCAGAGAUCUUGAAGAGGAGGAAACUGAGAAACAGGGAAGUUGUAAUCGUCCUAAGAAGAGAAAACAUCCUUCUAAGAUGGAGGAUCCAGGAAGUCUUACUCUUUCAUGCACUAUUGGAGAUGUGGAUGUAGGGAGAGCUAUGCUAGAUUCUGGGUCUAGCAUUAAUAUGAUGCCUUUAUAUUUUCUGAAGAAGAUUGGUGGCCUAACAUUGAAACCAUCUAAUCUUUUUGUGAUGGUGGUGGGUGGGUCUUCUAAGAGGCCUGCUGGUAUGGUGGAGGAAGUGGUCAUUCAUGUGGAGCAUCUUGAAUUCUUGGUCGAUUUUGUAGUCAUGGAUAUGGAGGCCAAUGAGAGGAUUUCGUUGAUUCUUGGAAGGCGUUUUAUGAAAACUGUCAAAGUAAUUAUGAGUGUCUAUGACGAAACGGUUAUGUUGAGAGACCAAGAAAACAAGUUGAUAUAUACUGGAUUUGAGGAGAAGCUCACACGAAUACAAAAGAAGGCCAAAUAUAAGCUUCAAGGAAAGAUGAUGCAGUGA